AUGGAGUUUUGGUGUUCGGGAGCCCUGUCCCGAGCUACCGCCUCAGCUCCGGAGAAAGCUGCCCACCUGUCACUGCGGCCCCGCCACCGCACACGUCCCCCCGCUGACGUCACGGCCAGAAAGGGGCCCCCGGGGGGGGGCGUGCCCCCAGCCGCUGGGCUGGGGGGCCCGGGAGCGGAAGGAGCCCCCUGCAGGCUUCGGGGCUCGAGAGCCGAGUUGGCCCCGAAAGGGCACAAGGAAGCCGCCCCCACUCGGGCUCCCCCACCCCCGGCGUCUGGCGGGCUGCGAGCGACCGGUCCGCAGCCCGGCGCCUCCUGCCCUAUCCCUCUCGCGAUUUGGGGCGCGCUGUUGAGGUUCCUCGGCUCGUUUUUGCGGGAGGGUGCUCGGAAGCAUGAUUGCCCCCAGAAACACGGAGUUAGCGAGCCCCCGGAGCGGAGGCUCCGGACUGCACCCGCAUCGCGGACCUUCGGGCCUUCGAGCCAGGCCUUUGUGCUGGCGGGAAGGCUUGCCCGCCGUGCCCCGCCGGCGAAUCACCCGCAGCCACCGCUUCCUUUCCCGGCGUCCACGCACCCCCUUGGUCUGCAAGGGGGACGCCUGAAGGACCAGGGCUGGACCUCUCCUCCAGCAGCCCCUUCAGGCCCGUGUGUGGGCAGCGAAUGCUGGUAG